AUUACCUAACUUUUUUCGCUCCUGAUAAUUUCAAAUUUAAUUAAUACUACCUGUGAAUUAAAAAUCUAAUUUUGUGUUAUUAUUGUACAUCUUAUUACACGGACCAAGUUGAUACCAAAAUUAUGAUAUUUCAACAGUUACUUUAGUUGUUUUUUGUUAUUCUUAAAACUCAGACUCUUAUUGCGUUGUAAUAACUUCAACCAUUUUUGAUUUCUUGAUACAAAGCUUGAUCACUAACCAAUUUCUUUCCAGGUAAUCGAAGGAAACUAACUAAUGAAUAAAUUGUAAUUUUUUUUUUUGUAAAUCGAACGGAUAGUUCGCAGCCUCCGGGCGACCACUAAUGUGGCUGUAAUGUAUAAAACAUUCACCAGGGGGUGUUAAUAAAGAAUUACCUUGCGGCUUAAGAAUUGGAAUCAGUUUCCUAUUUUAAUGUUUAUUUUUUAGUUUUUCUUUUUUCUUUCAUUUGUUUUUUUGUUCUUUUUUUCUUUCCUUAACUAUGGAUCAAUUUAAUUACAUCAAAUUAAUUGAAUUCCAUUACAUACUGGAAGGUUUUACUGCCCUUUAUAAGAACGAAAGUGACAAAAGUUCAAAAGGAAUAAUGUAUCGGACUGCUGAUCAAAUUCUACACGAGAUUUUCCAGUCAUGUGUACGGACUGUGGUAAGAGAAGAGACGAAAAUCAAAUUGUCCAGAAAAUGGAGAGAAAUCGCUCUGGAAAGAUGUUGUUUAGAUGUUUCCAUAUUCAAUGAUGUUCACAAUGAGAUAACUUGUUCUUUGGACGAAUUUAUUACCAAAAAGUACAUUGAAGAAAGAUACACUAACCAAUGGAUGCAGAAUAAACAAAGAGAAGCUGAUUACGCGGCUAUGGUAUCUUCUUCUAAUUCUAUUAAUUCUAUUAAUUCAAUUAAUUCUACUAAUUCUGCCACUACUUCUUCUUCUACUUCUACUUCCACCACUACUACUACUGGUAUUAAUAAUAAUAAUAACAUGGGGAUGGUUUGUCCAUCUCUCGUAUCUUUAUCGACUGUAUCAUCAUCAGUUCCUAUCAAUAUGAUCAAUGGCUCCUUAGGAUCAGAAGCUUCCACAAAAGUGCAACUAAUUCAAUCGAAUAACAUCAAUAGUAACAAUAACAAUAGUAAUAUUAUUCCUAUUCUUGCGAAUGGUGCUUCCUGUUAUUCUGUACCUUCAACAACCGUUAAACCUCCUUCACGCAUUUAUCAAUCUAUGUUAACACUUGACUCUGGUUUCAUAUCCGAGACCAGUAAAAAUGCUCCUUUUUCUAUGGAUGGAUCAAUAGUUAAUGAAAGCGAGGUAAGUGGAAAAUCGAGUAGCUCAAAGACCCAAAGGAGUAAAAGUAAACAAGAGAAAACCAGAGAUAAAUUUGCUUUAUUACCAAAAGAACUUUUGGAAAAUGAAUGUUCCUCUGGAGGUGAUACUGUUUUAACGCGACACAUCAAGAAGACAUUUCCUGCCGCAAUGGAUAUGUUCAAUGAGGAACAAGUUAAGCAAUCACAAAGAAAUUACCCUCACCAACUCCGUCCAAAGACAAUACAGCCCGAAGUAAGUGGACAUCUUCCUAAUUCGCCAGGACACGCGCCAACACUUCAAGUGCUUUUGGAUAAAUUGGAAAAUCUUCGAUCAUCUCGUUGAUUCUCCACCGAUUCCUUUCGGUGGUAAUUCACAAAAACUGCUCAACAACAUUUCCAAUAUCCUAUUGACCACCGAGAAACUGAUUUUUAACCCACCGCCUUUACCAUCAUUCCCAAUUAGCUCAUUUGAUUUUUUAAUAUCAAUACUAUUAUCUUGAUAUUCUUUGUGUUCCAAGCUGCGAAUUAAUUGUCGGCUUGCAGAAAACUAGCAAACAACAAUCUAAGAACCGAAAUACUUUAAGUUAAUCAAUUUGUAUAAACAAUUUGUUUAAAUUGGUGAUGAUAUCAAAGAUUCACUGCGACGAAAAAUAAACAAAGUCACAAGCCAUUUGGUUUUGAUUGUAUUUUGAAAUAAAUUUUUGAUUAAAUUUCUUUUUCGCUGUUAA